AUGACUGACGCUCCGGAGACCGUUGAGUGGCAGGGUAGGCAGGUCCCUGUCUGGCCCAUGAGGACCAUUGACUAUAGCCGGCUGCUCUCCCAGGACCCUUCUGAGGUGGACAAGGUGGUCAAGGCCUGUCUCGAGGAAGGGUACUUCCAGCUGGACCUCGACAACAUCGAUGGUCGCCGGGUGCUCGAGGACCGCGAGGAGGUCCUCAAGCUCAUGUACCGCUUCUUCGAAGCGCCUCUCGAGGCCAAGAACGAGUACGGCCUGAUUGACUCCCACCUCGGCUACGAGCCGGUGGGCAACCGCACCGGUGCCUUCGGCGCCGGCACCAAGGACGGAUACGAGAUGCUCAAGGUCUCGCGCGACGAGAUCCAGCAGGGUAGCCCCCGGGUGCCGUCGCCCAUCAAGAACAGCGGCGACCUCCGCAUCCUGGAGCGGGCCAUCGGCGGCUGCAACACCGUCACCAAGGUCAUCCUGUCGGCUCUCUCGACCGGCAUGGGCCUGACCGGUAAGGACCGGUUCGAGAACUCGCAUCGCAACGACCGUCCGUCGACCACGACGCUCUCCAUGAUGCACUACCUCCCCGCCGUGAAGACGGGCCAGGACAAGAUUGGGCACCAGAAGCACACCGACAUCAGCUCCCUGACCCUGCUCUUCAGCGACCAGUGGGGCCUCCAGAUCCGCCCUCCCGGAGAGUGCGGCGCCCGCGAGAUGGGCUUUGUCCGCCCCAAGCCCGGGUGCGCCUUCGUGCACGUCGGCGACUCGCUGCGGUUCGCUAGCGGCAUGAAGUUCCAGUCGUGCAUCCACCGCGUCGUCCCAUUCAACCCGACCGAGCACCGCUACUCGAUCGCCUACUUCCUCCGGGCCGAGGACGACACCAUGUUCCAGGACAGCGAGGGGCGGUGGGUGACUGCCAAGGAGUGGCACGACCAGAAGUUCAAGGCCUUCACGGACCCGCCGGUCUGGCAGGCCCUGGCUCCCAAGUCCAUGAUCCUGGGAGGCAUGAAGGAGGAUGGUGCGGACGACCCGGAGCCGGUGGCGCCUUUCGUCCCGGCAGUUGCCAAGGAAACACUUGUUCAGGGGUGA